AGGAAUCGGCUCAAAAGAGCGAUUCGUCUGCAAACUGCAUCACUAUCUGAGAGUUUUCCUCCCUUUUCACAGUCAGCCUCUAACGUUACAUCCCAGAUACUGCCUCUGCUCGCGUGUCCACGCUUUCACUGUUCAACAAGGAGGGCAGAAUGGGAGCAAAGCUCAGUCGGAAAAAGAGUGAAGCAGGGAUAGGAGCAGAGACGACAGGUCCAGCUAUGCAAGAGACUGAAACAGCAGAGGGCUCACCUGUGGCUGAAAAUGCAGAGCGGAAAUGUUCUGAAAGUGAGAUUCAAGAAGAGAGCAAGCCUGCAGAAGAGAAGUCUGACUCUUCAACCAGUUUUCUGCAAAGCCUUACACAAGCUGCAGGAGAAACGGUCACCACAGUCACUGAACAGAUAGCCGCACCAGUGGAAGAUGUUGUAAACAAAGGUAUCGAGGCAGUGGAGUCCACACUGGCAUCCGUCAGCCUGAUUGAGAAAGAGCAUGAACAGAAGUCUGAACCUGUGGUAGAUCUCGCUGAUUCUGAGGUUCUCCAAGAACCCAGCCUCUUGGAUGACCUCCUGAAAUCUCCACUCUCAGAAGCCCUCAUUUCUGGACUCACUAUGGUGAGUGAAGCCAUAACCAGUGGGGGAGUGGAAGACAAAAUUAGUAAUUCUGCAUCAGCUGAGAACAAGGAAUUGUUGGAUUGUCUAGGGAAGAUGGAGACACCCUCAGUGGACCUUCUGGACUGUAAACUGACCAAUGAAUCCACAAAACCUAACUCAGAUCCAUCAUUUACUUUGGAAGAUAUGGGACAGAACGCAGCUGACACAAUCAACUUUAAAUAAACCACUACACUUGCCUCUAGAAAACAGUAGCAGCUG